CCGAUCCCGUACAAGUUAGUAUUAUAAAAUAAACAGAUCAAUUCUGGCUCGGUCAUGCAACCUCAAGAAAAGGAGGUGGCCUCGUUCAAGCUGCUUCUACUUGGAGACGGAGCAACCGGGAAAACCACAUUUGUCAAGCGACACCUGACCGGCGAGUUCGAGAAGCGAUACAUUGCGAGCCCGGGCGCGAUGCCGCACUCACUGCUCUUCCAUACCAGCCGAGGAUGUUACCGCUUCAUUGUCUGGGACAUUGCCGGUCAGGAGACGUUAGAUGGCCUGCGGGAAGGGUAUUACACCGAAGGCCAAUGUGCCAUAAUAAUGUUCGACGUGAACUCGAGAACUACCUACAAGAAUGUGACAAGUUGGCACCGCGACUUGGUGAGAGUAUGCGGCAAUAUUCCGAUUGUUAUCUGUGGAAACAAGGUGGAUAUUGAGCACCGAAAGGAUUGGCCAAAGUGGUUUGACUUUCAUUCUAAGAACUACAUUGAAAUGUCCGCAAAGUCGAACUACAACUUUGAGAGGCCGUUCGUCUAUCUGUUGCGGAAACUGGUUGAUGAUCCCAACCUGAAAUUAGUCCAGAGCCCCGCACUAAAACCCCCACAAGUUGUUUUCACCGACGAGAUACGCCGUCAAGUGGAAAGCGAUUUAAUGGAGGCCAGCUCCUAUCCUCUGCCCACCAGUGUCGAUGAUGAUUCGUAA